AAUAAUGAAAUAGCCAGUUUAUCAUUUAUCCAAAAUCAUCCAAUUGAACCUUCUAGGUUUUUUGGCUACGGUGUUAUGGUUGAUGAAAGUACACAGAGAGAAGCUAAAGUGUUAAUUAUUUGGAUUUCGUAUUGGAAUUAUAUUAAAGAAAAACCCACAAUUACUGUAAUAAAAGUAAAAGACUUAAUAAAUUGUAAUUCUGAAACAGUUUCUACCGCAGUACUUGAAGCGUGUCAACAAAAUAGAAUUGAUUCCCAAAAAUAUUAUUUUUGGUUAACAGAUAAUACGGCUUAUAUAUCCUCAGAGGUUAAUGGCAUGGUUGCUAAAUUCAAUUCAUUAGCAGCAUCUAAAUUAUUUCAGAUCCCUUGUGGAUUGCAUGCAAUCCACAUUGCUUUAAUACAUUUUGAAAAUAUGGCAUUUGAAAAAUUAGAUUCUGUCAAAAGAUUAUUGUUAAAAAAGCAUCCAUAUAAUUUACUUAAUCUUGCUUUCUAUCUUCACGACAGAUAUAAUAUUUCAGAUAAAAACAAUCCAUUAAACCUAAAAUCUGGAAUGCUAAAAGAACUCUAUAAAAUUGUAUUUAACUUUGAAAUGUGCUAA